UGCCGCCUGGUUUAGGAUAGUGCUAUAGGAUCCCCUAAGAGGGAGGACAUAUGGUAACAUGUAGCACGUAACCUGCAGAAAUUACACUUAACUCUGUUUAUCUGGUAACAACAACCUUUGAAAACUGCCUUCGGCAGUCCCACAGCCCAAGAUGAAGUCGCAUCUCGAGCCCCUCCCAAUCGAGCUGAUUGAGCACAUUGUGAUCUUCCUCCCACUCGAUGAUAUUGCCUCCCUCCGACUUACAAGUCGCGCCAUGGAGCACAAGGCCUCACAGGGCUCUUUUGCCACCUUCUUUAAACACAAGGACGUUGAGCUGACGACGACGACUCUGCAAGAUAUGCUGCGGUUGACAAGCCGCGGCCGCCUGGGUUGUCUCUUGGAGCAUUGCAACAUCACCUGUGUAGUGCGCAGCGACACGACGGCUGUAGAUGAGGGCGCUGAUCAAGACUUGCGCACUCUUCUAUCUGAGGCAUUCCGCAACCUGAAGCUGCGUUCUUCCAACGGCGGACUCGCUUCGCUAUGCCUUCGCGUCGUCGCACGCAUCGAGGAUGCAGAUGGAGAGCUCGAGGAGCCGGACUACUUUGGCGAUUGGAAAUCUGUCUGGAGUACGGCGCUGCGCACCUUCCAGAUCACGAUGGGGGCGCUGCAGGAUUCCCAGCUAUCUGUAGAGGAUCUGGAUAUCUUCGGCGGCCUCAAAGGCUGUAGCCUGGCCUGUGAUGCCUUUCUGGCUUUCGCCCAACAGUCUAUCUCGAGGCCCGUCUUCGGAUCGGUGAAGAGGUUAACGAUGAGCUUAUCAGUAUCCCCUGCGGCGGCCACGGAUCCCGAGUCCGGGAAUUUACGCAGAGGGACGGAUGCCCACGCACAAAGCCGGCAUUCGCAGCUCCUCCUCCGGGACCUAUUGCAGGUGCUACACAUUAUGCCCCAAUUAGAAAGCCUCGACGUGCACUGGUACAAUCUCGGAGAGAAAGCCCCGUUUGCUCCUCCCUUCCCAUCCGAUCCCCAGCUCGAAAACAGCAUCAGUCCGGGCUCCGUACCGUGUCUGAAAGAAUGCAGCCUCCGCGGAAUCCACGUGUCCGAAAGCGAUCUGCUCCAUUUCCUUGAGGCCAUCCGGCCAUCGGCCGUAACACUGACAAACAUCCGUCUCAUUUCGGGGACAUACGCUUCCAUCCUCAGGUACCUGACGGAUCCAAAGACUCCAGUCACGAUGUACGAUCUGGACGACAAUUGCGAGCAAAAUACGAAACUUGUGCACUUUGAAGUGCCCGGGAACCCCAAGUUCAAGUACAUCGGUGGUAACGUGGGGCCCAGCUCAAUCGUACGAAGAGGCAGCCAGGCGAAGGAAGCUAUUUCCUACCGCUUGCCGCCUGGAAGGGUUAUCGGGGCCGGGGAAAGGAACCGCUGGCUGAAGGCUACGUCUGAGGAGUUUGGGCCGCUUGAUGGCCAUUACAACUUUGUCGGCCUGAACAGGGUUGGGGUUCUGAUUUCGGACGACGACUCGGAUUAUGAUUAGACAACACAGGCUGGGCUCCUUGUGUUAUAUGUAGAGGGGUUCAAGAAGGCAUUAAGUUAAAAGGCACUAGGCUAUAAAGUGUAGCCCCUUUUCUUGAGGCCUGAUAUUUCCCAGGAUAUAAUGUUCUGUUGUAGUAUCUGUUAAUAUGGA